CGCCCUCAGGUCAGGAUGAGCUCAGUGAGGCUUCGCCAGAGUUCACUGCCAGAGGAGCAGGUAAGAAGCUGGAGCACACAUACAGUGUUCAGAAAGACAAAAAACAAACAAAAUAACAAAAACAACAAAAGACGCCGAACAGAACAAUUGUCUCCCUAGGACCAUCCUAGGAAUGAGCCAUGCUGGCCUACGCUGUAACAUCAUCCUCUGGCCUGUUUCUCAGAACGCUCUGGGCCCUCCUUCUACUGGCUGCCUCCCUGGAUGCCUAUAAUACUAUCUGGGACAACUGCAGUUGCACUGAGCGUGAGAUGUCUGUAUACAGAGGCAACCGUAUGGUGAUGGCCUGUAACAUCUCCAACACCUUCAAAGAAGUCACCAUUAAUUUGACUGCCUGUGGAAAGACUAGAACCAUCUUCAAUCAAAUGCCUCCAGGAAACUACUCUAAGGAGUCAUGGCAGCUUCAGAUUCAAGGAGGCCAGGCCCAGCUGGUGAUCACGAAUGCUCAGGACAUCCAUGCGGGGGAGUACUCUUGGAUGCUGCGUGGAAGACAGAGAAAUUACACAGACUUCAUCCUGAAUGUUAUUGGUCUAGCAACCAAAAAGCAGGAACCAACGAGCUUGCAGGUCCACGAUGAGUCCCCAACUACAGUGAGGACAGAAGUUAUCUUUGUCAUCAUCACUAUCAUCAUCAUCAUCACAGGAAUCAGUGCAUUUGCUUGGUACAAGCACCGCCAUUCCCUGGAGCUCCACAAAUACAAAUUCCAAGCGACUGGUCCGAGUCAUGGGUCUCCUGGUAGCCCCUACCUGACACUGCCCUAAAGUCUUCCAAUUCCUGCCCCAAAAGAUACUUAAGAGGCCUUACUUAUUAGCUCCAAACAACAAGCUACAGAGAAACUCAGCUGGCUAUGGCUCACAAUCCAAGCCCUGACUUGGGACAAGCUCACAGGAACUCUCUGUCCCCAAGCCUUAAUUUUGACCUUAGGACACCCAGAGGUCAGAAUGGGGGUCUGAGUUGACUGAGCCCCUCCUGUACUCAAAACGUAGACUCUGUUGGGACUAAAGGGACAUCAGAGCAUUUCAGAGUAUCCCAAGUGUGUGUGGUGUAUCUGCUUUUUGUGUGAGCUGUCUGUGCUGUUGUAUCUGUGCCUCGCACAGGCCCAAGCCAGGAUCUCAGGCACCUUCUCCCUCUCCUCUUCCCUUCCUUCCACAUUCUUUUUACUUUCUUCUUCCCUCUCUGACUCCCUCUUUCUCCAGAUGCGGAUGCUCUGACUGAGCCUUAUGACUGGAACCUGAGGGGAACCCCCUGCAGAAUAAAUUCCUAUUCUUGGAGGACCCAGAGCAAGGCCAACACUGUAGAUUUGGAGCCUCUGGAGCCCCCAUUACCCUGCAAACAUUCAUGGACCUAUCACCACCCACCGGCUACAACAAAGGACCUUGUCUGUAUUUGCUAGACAUAGUAACCCGUGUCCCAUAUCUGGGGAGAAGCACCGGAUCCGAUCAUGUCCUGUGCAGAGACAGGGACGUCUGCUCACCAGGGACAGACCUAAGUGGUGGCCUCUAUCUGUCUCUCAGUAACACCCUUUCCCCCUGUGAUCGCUAGUUGCUUACUCUGCUCCUCGACUUUUUUCCAAAAUUCUAAGUAGCACGGUCCUUGGCUCUCAGGGUUUAUCGCCGCUGCCUUUUAAAGGGGGGCUGAGCUCGUUCCUGCUAAACUCACUCCACUUCGCUAUGGUCUCCGGUGCCAACAGGGGCUUAUGGGAGAUUCUGUACCAGCUUUGCUCCAGGCACAUUCUAACGCACACCAAUAGCUGGUUUCACGGGUCCACGGCGGUAUGCGAGAAUUAGAGGUCCAAAAUGAUGCAUCACCGCACUUCUACCACAAGAGGGUGGUGUGGGCCUGUCUGCAGGGAAACCUCAGGGACAAGGAGCCCGUUGAGGGGGCAGAAGCUUGCUUGCUUUUCUAGUGGGCACUGCUUUUCUAGGGAGGGCAGCUGGGCCCUCAAACUCCCCGUGAACCUCUUUAUAGACCCUCUCCCUGACUCCCUACUUACCUCCACCCUCACCUGCUGUUCCUCUUGGGCCCAUUUAUCUUCUUUAUUGUAAUAUUAUCUUGAGUAAUUUUGUCUUAUAUACACUACAAUUCACUCUUCAGUAAAAUACUUCAUGACGCAAAUUGCUAAAUAAACAGAGUAAAUCAA